GCGGUCCUUCACUUCUCUCCUUCCUGGGUUUGUAUUAUUUCUCUUCAGUCCUGUUCUCUAGCGCGUGGUUUCCUCCAAGUCCUCUUUAACUCUGUGCUUACAAGCUGGAUCUGACGUAUAGAUUUCAUUUUUUGUACAACUUCUGGAACUGAGAAAGGACAAGCAGACAGGGGAUAUAGCAAAGGACUCUGCUAUGAUUUGAUCUUUUUUUGCAAUUUUUGUUUUAAAUUAAUGGUUCUGUGUGAGUCGUCUGCCAUUAAAACCCAGCCUAAUUUAAAGAGAGGGAAGCAUGAUUGAAUGAAACCAACGUGCUAUUAAACAGGUCAAACAAUGGAGCAGGAUGUGGAGAGCCCAAUCACCAUCCGACAGCCCAAGCUGCCCAGACAAGCCAGGGAGGACUUUUGCAACCAGGGUGCCGACAAGGAGAGAGCCAAGAGGAAGAUCCAGAGGUAUGUGCGCAAGGACGGGAAGUGCAACGUCCACAAUGGGAAUGUGAGGGAGACCUACCGGUACUUCACAGACAUCUUCACCACCUUGGUGGACCUAAAGUGGAGAUUCAACUUGUUCAUUUUCGUCUUGGUCUACACGGUGACGUGGCUUUUCUUUGGCAUGAUCUGGUGGCUCAUAGCCUACGUCCGAGGAGAUCUGGAACACAUCGGGGACAACCAGUGGACCCCUUGCGUCAAUAACUUGAACGGCUUUGUCUCUGCCUUUCUAUUCUCAAUAGAAACGGAGACCACUAUCGGCUACGGCUACAGGGUCAUCACGGACAAAUGCCCUGAGGGAAUCGUUCUCCUGCUGGUUCAGUCAGUCCUGGGGUCCAUAGUCAACGCCUUUAUGGUGGGUUGCAUGUUUGUUAAGAUCUCCCAGCCCAAGAAGAGGGCUGAGACGCUAGUGUUCUCCACCCACGCCGUCAUCUCCAUACGGGAUGGCAAGCUGUGUCUAAUGUUCAGGGUGGGGGACCUGAGGAACUCUCAUAUCGUGGAGGCUUCCAUAAAAGCCAAGCUGAUCAAGUCCAAGCAGACCAAGGAAGGAGAGUUCAUCCCCUUGAACCAGACGGACCUCAACGUGGGCUACGACACGGGCGACGACCGCCUCUUCCUGGUCUCACCGCUCAUCAUCUGCCAUGAGAUCAACGAACACAGUCCUUUCUGGGACAUUUCCAAAUCCCAUCUGGCCAAGGAAGAGCUGGAGAUUGUGGUCAUACUGGAGGGAAUGGUAGAGGCAACAGGGAUGACAUGCCAAGCCAGGAGCUCCUAUGUGGCUAGUGAGAUCCAGUGGGGCUAUCGCUUCUCGCCCGUUCUCACGCUGGAAGACGGGUUCUACGAGGUGGACUACAACAGCUUCCACGAAACCUACGAGACGAACACACCGCCCUGCAGCGCUCGGGAGCUGGCAGAGAUGACAACCCGAGCGGGGAUGCCUGUCUCCUGGUCAUUCACCAGCAAACUGAACGAGCAAGCCGAGCUGGAGACGGAGGAGGAAGAGGAGAAGAGAAGUCACAGCAACCGGGACCAAACAGCGCAGAACGGAGACGUCGCAAACGUGGAAAACGAAUCGAAAGUGUAAUAAAACUGCAAGGCAUGAAACGACACAGAAACGGAGAAUCUCAGUUCCCUGAAAAUGCCUUUUUUUUUUUUGUCUUGUUUUGUUUUUUUAAGGAAAGUCGCUCUCUUCAAAUGUAUCAGGUGUGGAAAGAGCGUUAAGUCUCUCCCGCGAUAAGUGGUAAAGAUACAAAUCUCAGAAUGACUUAAUAAUAGUAACAAUAAUAAUAAUAAUAAUAAUAAUAAUAAUAAUAAUAAUAAUAAUAAUAAUAAUAACUCCUGGGCACGCGCACGCAU